CGAUUUAGUUUCUUAUUUUUGUGCCUUGAAGGUGGUCCAUAACUACAUCAAAAGAAUGUCUAAGUUGAGUGUUACUUUGCUCUUCGUUGGGCUGUCACUCUUAGUAGUCUGCAAUGGAUCUCCAUUGUCCCGUGAGAGCUCCGAAUCGAACGAAUCAAACGAAAGUCUGGAGGAUAUACGUGAACAGUGCAUAGAAAACACAGGAUCCGAUGCAGACUUCCCAAAAUUCAUGGCAUCAGUUGAACAGGCCAUGCUAUGUUUGGCAGGUUUCGAUAGCAAGAAUUUCAUAAACGAUAUCAGGCAUCUGAGCAACGCAACGCGAGCAACAUUCUUCCCCAACUAUUGUCCCAAGAUACGAUCGCUAGUCUCUUGCAUAGAUGGAUCGCUGCUGGGUAUGCAACCAUGCCUCGAUGAGGAUGUUUUUAAAAUUGCUGAAGCAUUAAUUGAGAGCAUACCGGAUGCCGUCGACCUUGCGUGUAAAAAUGACGGAGAAAUCUUUCUCAAACUGGAAGACGAAGAACGCCAAGAGUGUAUUAUGGAGAAUACUGUACAAUUAUCGGAAUGUGUUGAGACGCUUUCUACCAACUUCAAUAAUGCUAUCGAGCUUUUCGAAUUGACGCAGGACCAAUGCAGGGAACUGGUAAUCUUUAGAGAGUGCAUAAAAGAGCAACUUGACCCUUGUGACCUGUCAGACAUUGUAAGCGUCUACGAUAUACCCAUGAAUGCUAUAUUGCCCCUGACCCCUUGUGCUAAUUACACGCAGACGCCGAUGGUUUACCUUCUUGAUAACAACUCAGUUGGUGAGGAUUAAAACUAAUGACAAAAGAUCAGGGGUAUGGUUGGGCUUAUGGAUCACCGAAACCUUUUUCGUAACAAAUCGCUUGGAAAUGCUAACCUUAUUAAAUUAGCUUCGGAUUAAAAUGCGGCGGAAAGGAUUCUCCGACCUAUAAAACCAAGUAAUCGAAAUAAAGUAAAUUGAUAAGCAAAACACAACUAGCUCUGGAGCGAAAGUAGUUUUACCUGAAACAAUGAUUACUGCACGAGUGUAUUGAAGAUGUCAGAGCGCAUGCGCUUGAACCAGAUCGCAAAACUGAUUGAA